AUGGAGCCCCUGCUCACCCGCUGGCGGCUGGGGAGCGUGGGACCGUGCGGAGGGGCGCGGUGGCGGGGGCUGAGGGUGCGGGCGUGCAGCAGGGGAGCGCAGAGGGCCCGGAGGCGAGACACCGAGCGCGCGGGAGGGCGCGCCUCGCCGGCGGAAGGGCCCCAGCGACUGAGCAAGGUGCUGGCAGCGGCCGGCGUGGCCGCGAGGCGCAAGGCGGAGGAGAUCAUAUUUUCGAGCCAGGUGACCGUGAACGGCGUGGUGGUGACCACGCCGCAGACGAGAGUGGAUGCUUCGAAGGAUGUGAUUGAAGUGGAUGGCCGAAGAGUAGACACAGCAAAUCAGGAGAAAUACUAUUUUGCAGUUAACAAGCCCAAGGGAUUCUUGUGCAGCGCAAAACCAUCCUACAAAGAGGGAGAGAACAAGAAGCUCGUGUUGGACCUGUUUGAAAACUGGAUAAGUGGAUGGAAAAGGUCCAAUCCUCAGGGCAAAGUUCCACCCAGGCUCUUCACAGUUGGAAGGCUGGACGCCAAUUCUUACGGGCUGCUCCUUGUUACUAACGACGGUACAUCCCAGGGUGGAAGUUUGAUGCUCGAGGAAACGGCCAGCAAAGUUGAGAUGCUGAAGUGGUGCAUCACCUGA